GCUGCAUGUUUGGGAUUGUUGUGAACAGGAGUCCGCGGCCAUCUUGAAAGAACGGCGCUCCGCACCGACGGACGAAGGCUAGCUAAACGUUAGCAUCUCAACCAGAUUAACUUCAAUCUCUGUCGCUGACUGCUGCGACUAUGCGCUAUUUACGUCGUUUUGCUUGGUUAGUCGACGCCACGAGUGCGUGAAAAUGGAUGGAAACUGCGUUAAGUGUUGGCCGUAAUAAUUUCGGAGAGGGCGGAGGCGUUGCAGAUCCACGGGUAUAUUUUUAAAUUUCUGAAUAGAGGAGUUACUAUGAAUGGAGGAUAAAUGUUGCCGAAGGCUGACAGCAGCAGUUUCCUUCUCUUCUCUCUUCUCUUCGUCCUCACUCUGACGGACCCACCACGGACAGGUCCGAGGCUAGCCCUGGCAAGAUUAUUGUCAGAGCAGCGCUGCAACCCCGGGCAGUUCGCCUGCCGCAGCGGGAAGAUGCAAUGUAUCCCCAUGUCCUGGAAGUGUGACGGCUGGACAGCAUGUGAGGACAAAAGUGACGAGAUGGACUGUCCUGCUGUGAAGGAGGAGCGGUUUCGUUUCGGGAACGGAUACGAGCAGGUGGAAGACGUCAUCGGCGUGCCUCAGCCCGUACGCUUCAACAAAAAGUGUCCCAGCGGGUGGCACCACUACGAGAAGACGGCCAGCUGCUACAAAGUGUACCUGAGGAAGGAGAACUACUGGCAGGCCGUGGACACGUGUCAGAAGGUCAACGGCUCUUUGGCCACGUUUGUGACCAACGAGGAGCUGCAGUUCAUCCUGAAGAUCGAGGUGGAUUUCGAUGAGAAUGUCUGCGAGCACAGAGACCAGUGCAUGUUUUGGGUGGGCUAUCAGUACGUGAUCACCAAUCAGAGCCACACCUUACAGGGUCGCUGGGAAGUAGCAUACAAAGGGUCCGUGCAGGUGUUUCUGCCUCCCGAAGAUCUCGCAAAGAUCGGGGAGACGUCAUCUCAGGACAACGUCUUCUGCGCUCAGCUGCAGCGCUUCCAGCUCAAGAACAUGAACGACCGAGGCCUGCACAGCUGGCACGCUGAGAACUGCUACAAGAAGUUCCCCUUCCUGUGCAAGAGGAGACAAACCUGCGUGGACAUUAAAGACAACGUGGUGACCGAGGGCUACUCCUUCACCCCGAAGGGAAACGACCCGUGCCUGAGCUGCACGUGUCACGACGGCGAGGCGGAGAUGUGCGUGGCGGCGCUGUGCGAGCGGCCGCAGGGCUGCCAGCACUUCCGGAAAGACCCCAAAGAGUGCUGCAAGUUCACCUGCCUGGAUCCAGAUGGAAACAGUCUGUUCGACUCGAUGGCGAGCGGGAUGAGGCUGAUCGUCAGCUGCAUCUCGUCCUUCCUCAUCCUCUCUCUGCUGCUCUUCAUGGUGCACAGACUUCGCCAGAGAAGACGGGAACGCAUUGAGACGCUGAUCGGAGGCAACUUGCACCAUUUUAACCUCGGAAGACGAGUCCCGGGCUUUGACUACGGCCCGGAUGCAUUCGGUACCGGUCUCACUCCUCUUCAUUUGUCUGAUGACGGAGAGGGAGGUGCUUUUCAUUUCCAGGAGCCCCCGCCUCCAUACGCAGCCUACAAAUACCCCGACAUCCACCACCCAGACGACCCCCCUCCUCCAUACGAGGCCUCCAUCAACCCAGACAGUCUUCUCUACGUAGACUUCGGACACAGCGGGGUCUCUGUGGUGCCGAGCCAGAUGAACACCAUGGGAGACAGGCUCCAGGCCGACGUUCCCCCCGGUCUCGGCCCCGUGCCAGUUUCAGUGCCAUCCUCUCAAGAGCGGGAGGACUCCAUAGAUAGCAGCACCCUCCUGGUGGGGCCCGACACGCCAACAGAUGGCCACGCCCCCAGCGCUCUGCCUUCAGACUGCAGCUCCUCGCUCAGCACGGUGGUGUAGGAGCUGCACCUGGAUAUUUGUCAUGGGUGCAGCGUGUUCGGCUCCAGGACGGGCUGCAGACUGUAACACUGACUGCAGGGAGGGGACUUCAUGUUUGUACAGACAUAUCAAAAACAGGAGCAGCUGCGUUUCUUUUUCUUUUUUUCAGAAAGCUCUUUUUUCCCUCAAGACACCUGUUUUUCAAAGUGUUUUUUUUUUUGUAAACACCGGAUCUUAUGGGAGCAAAAAUGACUGACUGUGUACAGAGAGGAGAAGCUGCACAGUCUGGAUGAGACUUUUUUUGUGUGUGUGCAGAACAAAACAAAAAAAUGGCUUGACUGGAUUAAAAAUAAAAAUAAAUAAAUAAAAUCCUGCUGUAAAUUCUCCUGGAGGUAAAAGCCCGUACGUUCCUGUCCACGGCGGGUCGACACGGCGCCAGUGAGCGCAGCUUUUAUUGCUUGUGCUGCGUUUUGUUUUUGCAUCACACUUUUAAAACGAUGCGUCUGAAUCGUCCUGCAGGCUUCAGUGACAUCCUGACUGUCUGCUGCUGCAUGACCCCAGACCCUGAUUCUGUUUGCUCAUCAAAACAAAAACAAAUAACUUCCCCCUCAAACUUUUACUGUCGGACACACAAGACUGUCUUCCAGAAUUUCUGGUUCUGAUUCGCAGAAGAAAACAUUUUUGUAGUUCAGAUAAGAGUGUUUGCUGUUUCGGGGGUUUCAUGGGGCGACAGCGAUCAGAAGGCUGCGGUGGUACUGGUAAUUAUGAUUUUAAUAUUGUGUUUCAAUAAACAUUGUAGGGUUUAGUUUGGGUUAUCUGAUUGUGGGAUAGGCGUAGACUGACUUCUAUUUUCAUCUCUGACGCAAAAACUUUUCAAGUAAAAGUAAAGAUUCCUGUCUUAAAUUAAAAAUAUAUAUAGUUUUUAAAAACUGUCCCAAACAUUAGUAAUCCUUCAAAUGAAAUAUUUGCUGAACGUUUUUUCCUACUGAACUGUUCUGUGUUUUGUACAGUCAUGAACUCAUUAAAUCGUUUUAUUUGUGAGGAUAAAAUGAUGAUUUUUUUUUUUGGAUGCUGCCCCCCGUUGUGUUUCCACGGGUUCUUUUUGUCGUUUUUACGUUUUGGCUUUAAUUCUUUUUACACUUUCAAAGAUAUGCGUUUAAAAAAUAAUAAUAAUAAUAAUGAAUUGUAUAUUUAGGAAUAGAUUGACGACAAUCGUUUGAUGGAUUUGACGCAGUUUUGAGGACGUUUUCGGGCCGGUGAAGCUCCUCCACCAGCAUCCAAACUCAUUAUCCGACCCUGGGUAAAAAAAGAAAAGUCUGUAAACGUGAUGGAUCUUUUGUUUGAAUGUACUGAAUGUAUAAUAAUAUUUUUUUAUUUUCA